CCUCUUCCCAAUCAGCGCUGGGCUGGAACUGAGUGUCCAUCCUCGGUCAUCCUUAAAAGCUGCUGGAAACACGCGCAGACUCACACUCUCACUCACUCACUCUCACCUGCCACUGACGAGCGAGCGAAGAUGUUCUGCAGACGGGCAUUGCAGAGAGUCGGGCCGCUGGCGCGGAGGGCGUUCCAACCCAGAAACGCCGCUCCAGUGCGACACAUGGCCUUCGGCGUCCCUGGUGGCUCCACCAACAUGACAUACUUUCUUCUGUGUGGAGGAGGCCUCACUGCUGCAGUCGUCUAUGCCUACAAGACAGUCAAUGGUGACAGUGAGCGCUAUGAGGACAGACUGGCCACAACGGGCUCCCCGGCAGAGGCCUCUUCGGCUGAGGCAGCGCCAGAGGUAGCAGCUCCUGCAACUGAACUCAUCCCCGUUGAGGAGGCCGUGCAGGCCACCGAGGCCCUCGCAGAAUCUGUCCCCACUCCUGCAGAGGAAGUGGCAGAGGCCGCUCCUGACGUAGAAGCCGUGUCCGAAGAAGCCUCAGAGGUGGUCGUUACGGAGGCUCCAGCGGAGCCAGCAGUCACGGAAGAAGCUGCUUCUACUCCAUCUGCAGAGGUAGAGGCAGUCCCUGAAGCUGCUCCUGUCGAUGCCCCUGUGGAGACGCCGGUAGAAGCCCCCGCAGCAGAGGCCCCAGCGGUAGAAGCGGCAGAGGCCCCCGCUGCAGAGGCCCCCGCUGCAGAGGCCCCCGCUGCAGAGGCCCCCGCUGCAGAAGCCCCCGCAACAGAGGCCCCCGCUGCAGAAGCUCCAGCAGCAGAAGCCCCAGUGGAAGAAGCCCCCACAGCAGAGAGCGCUGGUACGGUUGCAUUAGAUGAAGAUCCUGCUCCCCCCGCUGAGGCUGCCCCUGCUGCAGUGGUGGCUGCAUAAAGCUCUGAUGGUUUGAUGUAGUUCAACCAGAAAGGGGGGGCUAGGUUAGUUGUGCUGUGUCCCACCUCUCUGGUCCCAGGAAAAAAGGACUUAUGAACCCCUAUUUUAGUAAAGCUGAAAAACGGCACUUCCAGUUGGUUAUUGACCUGUUGGGGGUUCGUCAGUCCGGUUUUCGUGUGCCUUUCUUUCCCAUAACUUGCCCAAACCUUUAGAGCCAAACCAUUACAGUUUGCAUCAGGCUGUCUGAACGGAUUCGGUUUGAAAAAUUCAGUUUCUGUAGGAAUUCACUUCACCAGAUCAGAGCUGAUCCAAAUUAUGGUUUGGCUGCUGUACAGUUAAUGGGAGUGUUGAAGUAAGUGAUGUAAUGGAGAGGACAGGGUGAAUAAUUGAUGUUCUCCGUAAAAUAUUCAUCAGUGGCCUUAAGAACAGUCUGAUGUGGUUGAUUUUGAAGAAAUGGUUGUCUUGUUUCUUUCAAUAUCCUUUGCAUAUGCUCUUCCUCUACUCAGCAAAGGCUCACUCACAGCUACACUUUGUCCCAUGAAUCUUUGCUUCGGUUAGGAUUACUAUGCAAAAAGUAGGGAGAUGGACCAGGAAGUCUGUAUCUUCAUUCAGACCUAACUCACUGUGAAGUGGGACCAAAAAGCAAUUAGUGUCAUUUUCUAGCCUGCAGUCGUUCUUUACAUCUAUAAAUUCUUGUUUUUUCUUUUACCCCCUCAGUGAUACAACAAUGCCAUAAUAGUUUUCAGAAUUUGUCUUUUGUCUACAUUCAAAUACUUUUAUUUCCAUUAGUGUUUCAGUGACACUCCUGCUCCAACUGUGGAACUAAGCAUUCAGGGAACACAACAGAAAAGAAAAUAGAUUCACCUUGUGUCUGAGCAUUAAAAGUUGUCAUUAUGAUUAACAUAUUUUAAGUGUUCAAAGAAUAAAACAUCACUGGAUGACAA